GAAUCCGGGUCCAGAUCCGAAUCGAUAGCUAUUCGUCGCCGCGGUUGGGCUCCCGGUUUCUCUUAAUUUAUAAGUUACAAGUAUUAUUUGUACUAGAACUCUCAAAAUUUUGGAUCUGAUUUCUCUGUGCUCUCAAUUGCCCAUUCAUCGCCAUAAGAAAGCAAUUGAGAAAUGGAGAAAUCUUGUAGUCUGCUAGUUCAUUUUGAUAAAGGAACACCCGCAAUUGCAAAUGAGAUCAGGGAAGCUCUUGAAGGCAAUGAUGUAGAGGCAAAGAUAGAUGCAAUGAAGAAGGCAAUCAUGCUUUUGUUGAAUGGUGAAACGUUGCCUCAGCUUUUUAUCACCAUUGUUAGAUACGUUUUGCCUUCUGAGGACCACACUGUCCAGAAACUACUGCUGUUAUAUUUGGAGAUAAUUGAGAAAACUGAUGCAAAGGGUAGAGUCUUACCUGAAAUGAUUUUAAUUUGCCAAAAUUUGAGGAACAACCUACAGCACCCCAAUGAGUAUAUCCGUGGUGUAACUCUAAGGUUUCUUUGCCGGUUGAACGAGACCGAGAUAAUUGAGCCAUUAAUCCCUUCUGUAUUGCAGAAUUUGGAGCAUAGGCACCCUUAUAUUAGGAGAAAUGCUAUAUUAGCUAUGAUGUCCAUAUACAAGCUACCACAGGGUGAGCAAAUUUUGGUUGAUGCACCUGAAAUGAUCGAGAAGCUUCUUUCGACGGAGCAGGAUCCAUCUGCUAAGCGGAAUGCGUUUCUCAUGCUCUUCACUUGUGCCCAGGACCGUGCAGUUAAUUAUCUUUUGACCAAUGUUGAUAAGGUUUCUGAAUGGGGUGAAUUGCUGCAGAUGAUUGUGUUAGACCUGAUACGGAAAGUGUGCAGGACAAAUCGUGGAGAGAAGGGGAGGUACAUUAAGAUCAUUAUAUCCUUAUUGAAUGUGCCUUCAACUGCAGUUGUUUAUGAAUGUGCUGGGACACUCGUUUCCUUGUCAUAUGCUCCUACUGCUAUUAGAGCUGCUGCCAACACCUACUGUCAGCUUCUUCUUUCUCAGAGUGACAACAAUGUGAAGCUUAUUGUUCUUGAUCGGCUGAAUGAGCUAAAGUCUUCUCAUAGAGAAGUUAUGGCUGAUAUGUUCAUGGACAUUCUUAGGGCACUUUCUAGUCCAAAUCUUGACGUCCGUAGGAAGACCCUAGAUAUUGUUCUUGAGCUGGUUACUAACCGGAACAUAAAUGAGGUUGUUCUUACAUUGAAAAAGGAAGUUGUUAAGACUCAAAAUGGAGAGCUAGAGAAGAAUGGUGAAUACAGGCAGAUGCUUAUUCAGGCCAUUCAUUCUUGUGCAGUAAAGUUCCCGGAAGUUGCAAGCACAGUGGUCCAUUUGUUGAUGGAUUUCUUGGGAGACAGCAAUGUUGCUUCAGCUACUGAUGUGAUUGUGUUUGUUCGGGAGAUAAUUGAAACCAAUCCUAAACUAAGGGUAUCUAUAAUAACAAGGCUAUUGGACACGUUUUACCAAAUCCGAGCAUCACGUGUUUGUGCUUGUGCUCUUUGGAUUAUUGGAGAGUACUGCCUAUCACUUUCUGAAGUUGAAAGUGGACUCGCAACAAUUAAACAGUGUCUUGGAGAAUUGCCUUUUUACUCGCUCUCAGAAGAAGAAGAAGGUAAUGAUUCUUCAAAGAAGGUUCAGCAAGUAAACUCCAUGACUGUGUCUUCUAAAAGACCAGCUAUUCUUUCUGAUGGGACUUAUGCCACACAGAGUGCUGCAUCUGAAACUGCUUUCUCCCCACCUACCCUUGUUCAUGGAUCCUUGGCAUCUGGGAACUUGAGAUCCCUGCUUCUCACUGGUGACUAUUUUCUUGGGGCAGUUGUUGCUUGCACACUGACCAAGCUUGUUCUGAGACUGGAAGAGGUUCAGCCAUCUAAGGUGGAAGUGCAUAAAGCAUCUGCACAAGCACUGUUGAUAAUUGUCUCUAUGCUGCAAUUAGGCCAAUCUCCAGUCCUUCCACAUCCAAUUGACAACGAUUCAUAUGAUAGGAUGGUCCUCUGCAUAAGAUUGUUAUGCAAUACUGGUGAUGAGAUAAAGAAAAUAUGGCUGCAAUCUUGCCGUCAAAGUUUUGUUAGUAUGCUUACAGAAAAACAAUUAAGGGAAACAGCGGAAAUCAAAGCAAAGGCUCAGAUUUCUCAUGCACAGCCGGAUGACCUUAUUGACUUCUACCAUUUAAAAAGCAGGAAGGGUAUGAGCCAACUGGAACUCGAAGAUGAGGUCCAAGAUGAUUUAAAACGUGCUACAGGAGAGUUCAUCAAGGAAGGAGAUGAUGCAAACAAGCUCAACCGAAUUCUCCAGCUCACUGGAUUUAGCGACCCAGUGUAUGCCGAAGCAUAUGUGACUGUACAUCAUUAUGAUAUUGUCCUUGAUGUCACAGUUAUCAAUCGAACCAAGGAGACCUUACAAAAUUUGUGCUUGGAGUUGGCAACUAUGGGGGAUCUUAAGCUUGUUGAGCGGCCACAGAAUUAUACUCUGGCUCCUGAAUCUAGUAAAAAAAUAAAAGCCAACAUCAAGGUGUCCUCAACUGAGACUGGAGUAAUAUUUGGAAAUAUUGUUUAUGAGACCUCGAAUGUGCAUGAGCGAACAGUUGUUGUCCUCAACGAUAUUCAUAUCGACAUUAUGGAUUACAUCUCUCCUGCUGUUUGUAGUGAUGGAGCUUUCAGAACCAUGUGGGCAGAAUUUGAGUGGGAGAACAAGGUUGCUGUCAACACAGUAAUUCAAGACGAGAAGGAAUUUCUCGACCAUAUCAUGAAAUCAACUAACAUGAAGUGCCUCACUGCACCAUCGGCCUUGGAUGGUGAGUGUGGAUUCUUGGCAGCUAACUUGUAUGCAAAGAGUGUGUUUGGAGAGGAUGCCUUGGUGAAUGUGAGCAUUGAAAAGCAAGUGGAUGGAAAGCUUAGUGGGUACAUCCGGAUAAGGAGCAAGACCCAGGGAAUUGCCCUCAGUUUGGGCGAUAAGAUUACUCUUAAGCAGAAGGGAGGCAUUUAAAAGAUAUUGCCUUGAAUCAUACUAUACUGAUACUCUUCUAUCUAAAAAACUAGAGAGAAAAGAACAACUUAUUCAGCAAGAAGUUGUUUUAUGAUUCUCUGAACUUUUGUCUCUCCUCGUGACUGCAACUUUUGUUCCUUUUUGCUCUGUUGGUAUGUCAUAAGCGGCAAUUUGCGCAGGCGAUUCCAUUCAAGUUUAAGGAUUUUAGUGGCAAAGAUUUUGUUGUUAAAUAUUAGGCAUUCAUUUACAUUUAUUCGAAGCAAGAGGUUGCUAGAACCAUUGAUACCUUAUGGUUCUAUUCAUUAGAGUUUUUAUUGACAUUCUUUCAUUAAAUUCAAGUGUGUAAUUUUCACUUCAAUGUUUGCUCUGAAUCCUGUAGAAACCAUUAUAGUACUUUGUGAAAUUAUUGCAAUCAAAUUUUCAAUUUGGUGGGA